AAAAGGGGGGGUAACAGUGCAAAUUUUUCUGUAAACUAGACAAUUUCUGCUUACUGAAUUUUUAUAUUUAAUAAAUAAUUCAUAAUACAUGUUUUUCAAUUAUACGUGUUUAAUAUAUAUAUAUAUAUAUAUGUUUUUUUAUAGACAACCUGGUGUUUCUAUUAACUCAUUUUAGUACAUUCCUUAAAUAACGCUGAAUAAAUAUGUAACGUAACGUAAUUACGUCAUGAAACAAAACAGUUAAAAUGCUGGAAUGUUCUUUUAGGUAAAAAAAAAAACCAAAAACACAAUGAAUAUGAACGAAAUGUAUCAAAAACUAUAUUUUAAAUUACUGGAAACCGCGUUUUAAUACAGUACCGCUUUUCCAAGAUUAAUAUAUUCUGACAAUUAACAAUAAGAAGUAGAUAAAAAAUGUAUUUGAAAGGAUAAUGUACCAUAUGCGUAUAUUCAUUUAAAUGUACCUUUGUUGAAACACAUUUAUUUAAUCACUUGUUGUCGGCUACGAUUACAAAUAGAAAGUGUUUACUUGUUUUGAAUAAUAAACCGACGCUUGGUGAACUGAAACUAGUAACCCCCGAAAACCCCUUUUCUUUCUUUCUCAUGACUAGCUUUACUUGCUUUCUGUAUUAAUUACAUUUGUAUAUUUCUUUGACGUUCAAUCACAAAACAAGGACGUUGUUGUGUCGUUCUGUGUGACAAUGCCACUUCUGUGUGAUCUUUCUUUUCAUAUGCAAGUAAAGUUCAGAAGCACCGCCUCUUUUAUUUUUUACAACCGCUUAAACAAUUAUUUGUUUAUGAUUUAAAUAGUUGUAUUUGUUAAACCCACUUGAAAAUAGCAAAUGUAAAUUGGUUGGAUGAAUUGAUACAUAAAGUAUGAAAUAUAUAUAUAUUGAAUUUUUAUCAUGUGGCCACGGAGUACCUUUUUUAGUAGUACGUAAUUCCAUGCAUUUAUUUUCUACAAUUUCAUCUUUUUUGUUUUUGUGUAAUUUUUUAAAAUUAUUAUUAUUUUUAUUUUAUUUUGUGUUAUGGAAAUAUAUCUUUAAAAUCAUAAUUGUAAAAGAUAAUAGUUCAUGCGCACAUUUAGGUGUAUCAGCAUGCAAGCGGCAAACGGAACGAGUUUAGGUUAAUUCCAUGAUUUUAGUCUGCGAAGGGUUAUGGUUUGGCAAUCAACAACAACCGGACUCAAAUACAUGCUAGAUGCACACAAAUGUGCCCCUAUACUAGCCUGUUCACGUUCUUCCUUCCUCUCAAGUUUUCACAACAGCCGGUGAUCCUCCUUCACCGGUACCUGCCUCACACCUCCACUUCCCUUCCUGAUGUUUGAGAUGUUUGCACACAAACACAGCUGACCAAGCCUGCUUAUAAAUACCAUCAGAGUGCACAGGCAGGUAGUUAGAGAGUUGCACCCGAAGAGCAACCUACCAGAGUGAGAAAUGAUGUGUGCCGGCUUUACAGUUAUCUAUUUCUACCUCUUCUCCAGUUUCUGUGUACCUCUCGCAAGAGGCUUCCCCGUGAAAGAUCAAAAAACAGACUGGUUCAGUCGCUCAUCUCAAAACAUUGCAGAGGAGGAUGUUGAAUGCUUCACAGAAUACAUGGAGCUGUGGUUACAACAGAGGAGAACAGAAGGCCUGAGCGAAUGGAUUUCAAGAGCUCUAAGAAUUCCAGUGAACCUGGCUUCUCUGGACAGAUUAAACUCCCGACUAGCUCCUUGUGGUUACUCCCUCCACAGGGAUCAAGACAGGAACUAUAUCUUCCGAGUCAAGUACAGUGGUUGCUUUGUACAACUCCAGAAAGGCAAUUAUGUCCUGGAUGUAAAAUUGAUAAAGAGACUGGGCGGAUUUGGAACUCGGAAUCAAAUCUUUGUCAUGAAAUGCCCAUUGGUUACAGUGCCCCCUGGUGGAGAGCAUAUUCACUGCAAGCCUGACUACAUUCAAGUAACCAGACCACUUCCUCAAGACAACUGGGACAAUAAGCUUCCCUGGUCUCUGUCUCUGAGGGGACAGCUGGUAGCAGCAGUUGAGGACGCCAGUUUAAUUCGGCUCACCGUGGAUACCAAGGGUCCGAAUAUCACAGUACAAGGCACCAGAGGAGGCAUUCUCAGCACGACCGAGGUAAUGGGGAAAACAAUCGACAUUCUGCCACUCUGGAUAGUGAGUGGGUAUUAUGCAUAUAGCAUGGAAGCCAGCUGUCCUCUGGUUUCCUCACUCCCGAGCAACGAGACAGUAUUCCACAUCCUAAAACGGAGAAUGGGAUUAAUCAAGAGAGGGGGGUAUGACAAUGAGAUCCUUACUGUAAAAAACAUUGCGGUAAAGCAGACCGCCAGCUACUCUGUGAUUGAAGACCACGACUUUGUCCAAGUUACCAUCCCCACAGCUGAGAUCCUUCAAGCAAAGAAAUGUGAAGAUCUACUUGGGAACUUAUACGUGCAGCCAUUCUAUAAAGUGGACGUGAUUCUGACCUUCAAAGAAAUGCCCUACAAAGUCUACUGGAGCAUGGAAAACCAGUUCCCAUGCACUGUGCUUCAAAGCCUAUCCUUGACAUCAACAAAAUCGCCCGACCCUGCGUAUUCAACAGAAGACCUCUCCACUUCCCCAGACAUAUCUCCUCCGCUUAUUAAACAGUCUUUGGCACCAUCAACAGCCUCAGGGAUAUCAACUGGCAGUGAGUACACUUCAGAUGCUGGUCAAACCAGAGAGCCAUCACUGUCUGCCUCAUCAGUGGGCACACCAUCGCCACAGACAUCCAUGCCUGCUGACCACGGGUACAAAGAAAGCACUGCGAGCACUCCAUACGAGAGGACAGCUUUGAGGUUCCCAUCUGCGAUCACCCAGGAGCCUCUUGACCAAUCAGAUCAUGGGAAUAGUAAAGCCACUGAGCAUUUAAUAUCAAAAGAGGAGACACGAUCUGAGCCAACUGAGAAAGACACCAUUUUACCAACAGAACUAAAUAUAACAGUGCCUUCUGAAGCCAGCCUUUCAUACCCUUUGUCUGCAGGAGCCGAUGCACAGAUGUCAAUGCCAGUUCUUGACUACAGACAACCUUUUACAGAGCUGACUCCUGCUGCACUCCCUACAAGCACACACAUUCCAGUUCAGUCUGAGGGUAGGGAACAUGUCAUGGUAGCUUCCAGCACAAAUCCUCUGGCAUUAAUAACUGAAGGGAUUGAGGCUACUGCUAAAGCAGCGACUCCUGUGAAGACAAGCACGGGGCAAGCAACGGAAGACGAGAGUGAUGUAACACAUGGGAACAGAUUGUUGGGGGUGCAUAGUGCAGGCCCGCCUGGAGCUGCUGAGGAAGCAUUCACUUCUGUAGUGGAAGGAGAUACAACUCGAGGAGAAACCAAAGGAACUGCACACACAACCAGGGGCCGCACAGGACAAUCUGACACUUCUGAGGCAGCUGCAGAGCUUCAGAGAUUCUCAAAGGGGACAGCAGCAAAACCUAUUGGAGGACUAAUGGGAACAUCGGGGACUUCUCACAAUGAACCAAGCAGUCCCAUUCUGUCCCUGGCAUCCGCUUCUUCGAGUGCAGUGGAAGUAAACAUGCUAUCUGCGACGUCUGCCACUGAAAAGGCUGGAGCACCUGCAAAGCAAUCAUCCACGAGCACAAGUGUAGAAGACAGCGCUGACAGCGAGCAGACCCACAGCACCGCAUCUCCAACGGGAUCCCCCUCAGGGCUGAUAUUAUCAGCAGGAACCACAGCGGACAGUUUAGUAAAAAUGUCUGAAUUCAACACAUCUCCAAACAAGACGACUUCAGACUCAAUAAUGCCCACCGUGGAGAAAGCGUUUAUGGGUGUCAUUCCAAUCACGCAGGAGAAUGACAUCAGUGUAGCAGAAAGCUUGCAUCCUGCGCAAAACAGUACAGCCAGUCCUGCCAGUUCCACAGAGGACGCCAUUACGAAAACAGCAGGAAAUUUAUAUGAACUUGCAAAUGCUGGGACGCCAUCAGCUCCAUUCCUUGUUAACACUUUCCAGCAAUCAAAAAAAGGGCUGCCAACAUCUGGCAUGGUGACACCUUCACCUGCCAUACCUGUGAAUCCAGUUGUUCGUGUCUCUCAAUUAACUGCUAAAACCUCACUGACAACACCAGCUUAUGAAACCAGUCACAGAUCCUGUUUUUCCCAGGUUACAACACAGCGGCUUCCUUUAGUAUCAAGUAUCUCUGUGUUUGCUGGUUCUCCCAGUAACAUAUUGUCAUCAGACUUGCCAGCUCAGGGAAAGAUAUCUUCCACAGUAACUACUGCAGGCCCCAAUCCUCUUUCCAGUGCAUCAGCAACAACAGGUGCAGCAGCAUUUACAGCAGCAAAUACAGAGGACACAUUGCCAGCAUUGUUGAGGGGGGCAGCUGACAAGUCAGAGCCUAUGACAAGUAAUGCUGCUGUAACUAAUAAAGAGAAUCAGGUUGAUACAAGCCACAGAGCAGCAACUGCAGGCAUGGGGACAGCUUUAUUAGAUCAAGAAAUAUCAGGAAUUACUCUUCAGUCCAAGCCUGUGCCAUCUGGCUCAAGUACAACAUUGAAAGGAGAAGCCACAAAAUCUGGCUCGGAAGAAGCACAGGUGUUAUUUUGAGCUGUGUCUGUCAUCGCUGGUACGGCUUUCCACUGGAGCGCAGCAGAUGUUCAAAGAAUGGAAAAUCUACAGGCGGAGCCCCAGACAGUGACCAGUUAUUGUGUUUUUUAUUGGCUUAACCAGUUUCUUAUGGGACAUAACCCAGUGUUACCUGGUGGCCGAAUGUUGUCAUCAUCCCACGUCGAACUGAAACCACUUACCAAAAGCUGUGCGUAUCAUUGAAUUGUUUCUCCUGGGCCAAACGGCACAGAAUAACUGUGUGUUUAUCAGCGAGACCUCAUACUACAGAGGUCUCUUUGGAAAUCAGUGGUGCCACACAAUUCAUGUCUCCUCAAGUGAAUUCCUAACGAGUCUAUCACUAGAUAAGAUCAACUGCAGUUAGGAGCACAUGAGGCUGUAGUGACACUGACUUGACAUUAUAAACUAGCAGGUUUUAUCCGUUGAUAGUUACUCUGACACUAGCUAAUAACACCACUGCCUGAAGUUUUACAGAUCAUGCAAAUGAGAGAAUCAAUACACUAGUCCUCUUUAAAAAAAACUGUUAGACGUGUACACAAAAAACAACAACUGGCUUAUAUUUAUUGUAGUUUGAUUUGUUUAUUAUUAUUACUAUUACAUUCACUGCUAAUGGGAUUAUACAUUGUAUCAUACCUCAUUAAAUUGAAAUGUAACAUGUGUUUUUAUUAUUGUAAUAAAAACCAAACAAAUCUAAUAAAAUAAUAAAACAUGUGCAAGUAUAUUUAAUUGAUUUUUUAGGGCUAAAGUUCUCAAUCUUUAGUGUUAAUAAUUAGCAUCACCUAUUAUGUUUUGUAUUCAA